AUGUUUUUCCAACGUCUCUGCUUACUCAGCUUGGGAGCAACUCUCACCUUUGCACAGCAGAAUUGUCCUGGCUACACGGCGAGCAACAUCCAGCAAAGUGCCACCGGCCUGACCGCUGACCUUACUUUGGCAGGUGAAGCUUGCAACGUGUACGGGUUUGAUCUAACAAACCUCACUCUUACUGUCGAAUAUCAAUCAGGUGAACAUUCAGAUCCGUUUCGCUUGAACACGACGAACUAUACACGAACGAUCUGGAACAGAGAUUCAUACGGCAUUCCAGCAGGUACCAAUCUCUACGGUGCUCAUCCAAUCUAUGUGGAGCAUCGAGGCGAGAGCGGUACGCAUGGCGUUGUCUUUGUCAACUCCAACGGUAUUGAAGUCAAGAUCAACGAUACACAGGGCCAAUACCUAGAAUACAACACUCUAGGAGGUGUCUUUGAUUUCUAUUUCUUGGCAGGACCCAGUCCAGUUGAAGUGUCGCAACAAAUCGCCGAAGUGGUCGGACUCCCCGCAAACAUUCCAUAUGGAGGACUUGGCUUCCAUCAAUGUCGCUAUGGGUAUCGCGACAUCUACGAAGUCGCUGGCGUUGUGUAUAACUACAGUCAGGCUGGUAUUGCGCUAGAAACAAUGUGGACAGACAUUGAUUACAUGUUUCGGAGAUACGUUAUGACCGUCGAUCCUGAUAGAUUUCCCAUGGCGAAAGUGCGGGAAUUGGUGAACUAUCUUCAUGCUCACCAGCAAAAAUAUACUGUGAUGGUGGACCCCGCUGUCGCAUAUCAACCGAACACCGGAUAUGGUGCACUCGAUAGUGGCAUUCAGCAGGAUAUCUUCCUCAAGACGUUAAAUGGUUCUCUUUACACUGGAGUCGUCUGGCCUGGGUCAACUGUUUUUCCUGACUGGUUCUCGCCGAAUGCACAGACGUACUGGACCGGUCAAUUUGACUCCUUUUUCAGUCCUGAAACAGGCAUCGACAUUGACUACCUAUGGAUCGACAUGAAUGAGGCGGCCAACUUCUGUAAUUGGCCAUGCAGUGAUCCUCAAGGAUAUGCAGAGGAGAACAACUUUCCACCAGAUCCACCACCUGUUCGGAACUCGUCACCCAUUGCUCUACCUGGUUUCCCAGCCGAUUUUCAACCUCCUUCUAGCUCGGCUAGAGUCAAGAGACAGGAUAACGCUGGUUUGAGAAUGGGCCUUUCAGGGCGUGACCUAAUCAAUCCACCGUACCAGAUACGGAAUGCAGCGGGUAGUCUCUCGAACAAGACCAUCAAUACAGAUCUCGUUCACUACAAUGGUCUCGUGGAGUAUGAUACACACAAUCUAUACGGCACAAUGAUGUCGAACCACUCGAGAAACGCUAUGCUGUCCCGGCGACCACAAGAGAGGACUUUAGUAAUCACACGAAGCACUUUCCUUGGUGCUGGGACAUAUGUCGCACACUGGCUAGGUGAUAAUAUCAGCGAUUGGCCGCACUACAGAAUCUCAAUCGCCCAGAUGCUAGCGUUUUCGGCUUUUUUCAGCCUCCCUAUCACCGGUUCAGACGUAUGUGGAUUUGGUGGCAACACAACAGAACUACUAUGUGCUCGAUGGAUGAUGCUUGGAGCUUUCUAUCCAUUCUACCGGAACCACAAUGAGCUUGGCAGCGUUUCACAGGAAGCGUACCGCUGGGAGUCGGUUGCAGAAUCAGCUCGACGCGCUAUUGACAUCCGCUACAGAAUGCUUGAUUACUUCUACACUGCGGUGUACGAGCAGACUGUCGAUGGUACGCCAAGCUUAAACCCCAUGUUUUACGUCUACCCGAACGACAGCAACACCUUUGGCAUUGACCUACAGUAUUUCUGGGGGUCCUCCGUUCUCAUUAGUCCAGUGACGGAAGAGAACGGAACCUCGGUCGAUAUCUACCUGCCGCAGGACAUCUUCUAUGAUUGGAACAACGGUUUUACACCAGUACAAGGAAGUGGCACUACAGUGACUUUAUACAACGUGGACUUCCAGACGAUACCGAUUCACAUCAAAGGCGGUUCCGUACUACCAUUACGAGCACGGUCUGCCAACACAACCACAGAGCUACGAAAACAACCUUUCCAGAUCGUGAUUGCCCCAGGCACAGACGGCACUGCCAGUGGUAGUCUCUAUAUUGACGAUGGUAUAUCCUUAGAACAGGCUGCGAUAAGCUACAUCAGCUUUUCAUGGGACGGCAGCAACUUCUCCAUGAAUGGAACAUAUGAUUACUCCACUGGCGUCAAUAUCUCCCAGAUUAUUCUCCUGGGACAAAGAAGUGCACCUUCAGGUGCUAUCACUGGCGAUCAAUACUUCCCAGUCGCGUACAACAGCACGUCUCAGGUUGCUAGUGUCAAUGUGAGUAUCCCAUUGACAGGAGAUAGUAGCAUGAGGUUUGGACAGGUGGCUUCCUACACUGGCAACGCAUUUGCCCUAGGCACAAAUUUGUACUUGGCAGCCACAGCGUUGUUGCUUAUUCUAGUCGCUGCGCAAAACCUAUAG